UUUGGCAGUUUGUUAUGGACUUAUGGUGCUACGCAUACCAGCCUACCACUAUCUGGUGCGAGAUGAAGAGUUUAGACAUGAAUUAAAUGGACGGAUGAUGCUCGUCGGCUCGAUUCAUGUAAAGCCCAUUUAACUCAACAACCUAAUUUAAUCACUUGAUUUUUUUUAUAGAAUUUUUUUACUUGAUUUUGUUGAUAAAUUAAAAGAACACGAACCGUUGACAAGUCAACAAAACAUACUAACACCUAAUUAAAACUAACUAAUCUUGCGGCAAUCCGUUCUUAUCUCGCCAUUAGUUCUAGUAAGCGGCCCCAUAUUCCCCAUCAUGACCAUCGACGUCGCAAAAUCCUCCCCGAACCUCGCGGGAUUCCGCUGUAAAGCUUCGCCAGAGCGUCGCUGCCGGCGUUGCCUACGCCGAACAGCUGUUGGUCGGAGUAUAGCAGCCCUCUUUUCCCAAAAAAUUGUUUACGGCUUUUCAAAAUUGUUGCAGAGAGGUAGUUGCAAUAAGCAUCUAGUGACGGUGUCCUCGAUAAAGUACAACACUAAACUGCUAAUAGUUCAAUUGUUCACUCAUUCACCCCUUAUCAAAACAAGGUGAGUCGCUAUCCACAUUACUCUCCGGAAAGAAAGAAAAAAACGAUUUAGGGUUUUCAACAUCGUUACAACUUACAAUGAAGUAUCGUUUUCCAUCGAAACUAAAAAAAAAUGGAAUGUAGUGUUGCGGUUACUUAAACCGUGUUACUAUUGAGCUUGUUGGGUAUUGUCAGAUUGGUAGUAGGUACGGAUACUUGGUCGUACUUGAGUCUUCUCGUUAGGGUUUUAACCAUGGUAAAGGAAACCGUACCGGACAUCAUACCGGAUUUCUUUCUGGUAGGGUAUUUUGUGGUACGACCGUGAUUCAACCGUUUUGUACCGGUAAAUACCGUUUUUGUAAUAAUAAAAUAUAUUUUUUGUCAAAAAACCGUGCCACCAAAAUUAGAGUAUCGUCUCGGAGUAAUACCGGAUGUAUCGGAAUACACCAAAUAAUAAAUGAAUAUACCGAGAAAAGUUAUUAUUAUUUUAUUCAUUUGUUAAUAUUUUUAUUUACAGUUUAUUUUUUUAUUUCUUAUCCUCUUUACUUUCUCUCCGCCAGCCACCUAACCUAACUCCCUCUCUCUCAUCUAACAAAAAAGUUGCAAACACCUACGAUUUUUCUCUCGUCUAGCGAGAGUCUCGGAGCUAGGGUUCCGGUGUUCCUGUUAGGUUUUCAACCUCUAGGGUUGACGGCGGUAGUAUCCAUUAAAGGUUUCAGAAAGCAAUUCCCCUAAGCUGGUCUAAUUAGUUAUUGUUGAUUUGGUAUUUGCCUCCUGCAAUAUCAAAUCCUGAGAGAGAGUUUCCCUUUAGUCUCUAUCUUGGACUAUUGGGGUCUCGCUUUGGUUUAGAAACCCUAAUCUGCCUCAAGCGAUUGUGGGUAAGGGAGCGAUCUUUUCUUGUUUCUAUAUCUCUGGUAGGGGUCCGGUAGAGUGUUUUCACUAUGGAGCAAGGCACUCCCCACUGUAAUAAGGACGGACAAAGCGCUACCCCAACGGAUGACCUGACGGAGACACAAACUAGAGAAGCUAUAGAGCGGAGUAUCCAAUCGCAAAUCGAGAUGAUCAAACUGGCGGAUGAUGAUGCUCUGGUGGUAGAAGACGAAGACAUAGAUACAGCUAUGGUCCAAGCUAUGAGCCUGUUAGGGCUUGUUGGCAGAGUCGUGUCCUCCAAGAAACCCAAUCUGAAAUCAAUGAAAAUAGCGCUGUCAAAAGCCUGGAAUCUGCAACAAAAUUUUCAGAUCUCAGAAGUAGGGGACUAUCUCAUUGGUUUCCAGUUUAUGAACAAAGGUGAUCGUGACCGAGUGCUACUAGGAGGGCCAUGGCAUUUUGACAAUAGCUUAAUCAUCUUCAAACAAGCAGAUGCAUUUCAACAGCCAAGGCCAGAGGACUUCUAUACUAUGGAAAUAUGGAUUCAAAUCUACAAUCUACCAGCGGCUCCAAGAACAAAAGAGAUGAUCCAAAAAAUCGGAGCAAGGUUUGGUACAAUGAUAUGGACUGAUAGCAGAAGAGAGAAUGCUUGGAAUGACAUCUUGAGAAUCAGGGUGGGGAUAGACAUCAGAAUCCCCCUGAAGCAUGAGCUGAAACUUAAUCUCAAAGGCAAAAUACACACAUAUGAAGUGAAAUAUGAAAGGCUCCCUAUGUUUUGUUUCUCCUGUGGCUUGGUAGGGCACCCUAAAUUAAACUGCCCUAACCCAUCGUCAGAUGGAAAGGAUCGUGUUGGUCCAGAGCUGAGGGUAAAUGCUGCUAAAAUCAAGCCGUGGCAAAGCAAGUUAGAAAGAGAAGAAUCAGGGGAGCUGUGGCAGGCCCUCAGAGCAAAAUUCGAUAGGGAAGCAAUCACAGACAGAAUGAUGGUUCAAGAAACUGAGCAGAGAAGGAAUAUGAAAGAUGACAGCAUAGAUGCUAUUCAAAGACGCCUACUACUCAGGAAGGCGGAAGAGGAAAUAGAAAAAGAACAACAGAAGAGACAGUCGAAUUAUGAUCAGGAGAAAAAUGGGAGGACAGGGGUGGUAGAGGAACCCGGGCAAACAAUACAGGAAAAAAAACAGACAGAGCUUACCUCUAGUGAAAGGAGCAGUAUAUCUACAGAAGGAAGGGCCACUCCAACUGAGAUCCAUGUAGUGAAAACUCUUUCAGGGGCUGAGAACCUCACCUUUAGUCCUGGUUACAUUCCGACACAAGAAACACAGGGGAAGAAGGUGAGCCAAUGGAAAAGACAGAAUAAGGGAGACAUGGCAUUAAAACAACAACUACCAGUUAUGCAGUUAACUCCUCAAAAACGAGGACCUACAGGAGAUGACACCAUCACUGAAGACUCCCCUAGCAAGAAACAGAAACUUGAGUUCUAUAACAACCUAUUGGAUGGCGAAGUGGCGGACCCUGCAAAGCAGCAGGGCCGCCCAGCUCAAUGAAUGUCUUGAGCUAUAAUUGCCGGGGGUUGGGGAAUCCCCUGGCAAUUAGGAAAGUGGGGCAGUUGCUCCAGCGUCAAAACCCCAAAAUAGCCUUCCUCAUGGAAACAAAGAAGAAAGAAAAAGAAUGGGAGGCAGCAAUGAAAGAUCUGGGCUGGGAGAUGGGAAGGGGAGUGGGAUCGAUAGGAAGGGCAGGAGGAUUAUUAAUGGUAUGGCAAUCAGAUGUUAAAGUGGUGGUCAAGACAAAAUCCACAAAUCAUAUAGAUGUGCUAGUAGAUGAUGGAGGUACACAAUGGAGGCUGACAGGGAUAUAUGGGUGGCCAGAGCAAGAAAACAAAUUCAAAACCUGUGAAUUACUUCGGGAACUCAGAGACAUGACAGACCUACCUUGGUUAGUAUGUGGUGACUUCAAUUUGAUACAGAGCUAUGAGGAGAAAAAUGGUCUUAAUCUAGCAAAUGUUCAUGAGAUGGAUAUGUUCAACGAUGCCCUAGAAGACUGUGAUUUGGAGGAUCUUGGCUAUUAUGGAAAAACUUUCACGUGGGAUAAUAACCACUCUGAUGACAC